AUGAUCGUUAGUAUCUUGUUUGGACUGAUAGCACUUGGACUACUUGUUGCCCUUCUGGUUGUUAUAUUUAGAAUUGGGCAUGAAAAUCCUAAGGAAAGUGAUAUAUGUGAAGGUGACGAGUCUAUCGACGUUUCUGAAUCUCCAGAUCCGGGAGUUUUCCAUGACCUGACGAAGUCUGAGUUACGUUCCUUACAAGAUUAUCUCUAUUCCGAUAAAGCUAAGAAUUUGAAUCUAGUUCGACCGUCCAAAGCAGUUACUAAUUCUAGUUAUGUUUACCUUACUGAUUUGCUUCCUUUAGAUAAGGCCGAGGUAUUGAGGUACUUGGAUAACAAUGGCCCUAAACCACUAAGAAGAGCUAGAGUUAUUAUCUUCCGAGGUGACUUGUCCCCUCCAAUUGUAGAAGAAUACAUUGUAGAACCUUUUCCAAAACCAUCAAGGCAUCGCCUGUUUUCAAUUUCAACUCGACCUGAUCAAAUACCGUACGCCUACAGACCAGUUGGUAUUGUGGAAUUUAGUGCGGUUUAUGAGAUUUUGGUCGAUUUGGAUAACACCCUAGGAUCCAUAUUGAAAGAAAGUUACGAUGCUACCAUUUCAAACUGCGGUGAUAAGUGUCUGAAUUUCUAUCCCCACCCGGUGUCGUCAGCAAUCUCACAAAAAGAUGUACGCAAAAUGUGGUUCGAAGCUUGUCAUAACGCACCAUAUUAUAUGCUUCAUCCUGUUGAUUUUGCUGUUUUGGUGAACGUCGACGGCUCUGAUGCAUCAAAAUACCAUAUCGAAAAAAUCAUCUACCACAAAGAGUCAUUUGACACUGCAGAAGAUCUCAAAACUAAAUAUUAUGACGGUAGCAUGGUUACAAAAAGUAAAAUACCCUUUCCUGAAGUCAAUAAGAACUUAUUCUCCAACUUGGAUUAUAAAGGAGACGAAACUAAGAAAAACAAACGUGCACCAUUGCUAGUUGAACCUGAUGGCAAACGAUAUGAAAUAAAACACAGACAAGUCAAAUAUAUGGAUUGGAAGUUUGACUUCAGGAUGUCUCCAUUAACUGGUCCUCAGAUUUAUAAUAUAAUGUAUGGUAAUGAUAGAAUUGCAUACGAGGUUGGUCUUCAGGAGAUUAUAGUUUUUUAUUCUGGAGCAAACCCUGCAACCCGAAUGACCGACUUUGUUGAUAGUGGUGCUCUCAUUGGAACCCAUUCUAAAAGUUUGAUUCCUGGUGCAGAUUGUCCCGAAACAGCUACAUUCAUGUCCGCUUCCUUCCUUAGCGAGGUGACCGAAGAACCUCAUACAAACGAACGAGCUUUCUGUAUUUUUGAACAGAAUACAGGGGUUCCACUAAAGCGCCAUUUAUCUUAUGCAAUUUCCGAGGGUGGUUUUUAUGGUGGUGUUAUGGAUAAUGUAUUAAUUCUAAGAACAAUUUUAACCAUUGUAAACUAUGAUUAUAUCUUUGACUUCAUUUUCCAUCAAAAUGGCGCGAUGGAAGUUAGGGCUGUGUCUACUGGAUAUAUCUAUACUACAUUUCACUCGCCCGAAGAAGACAAGUAUGGAUUUAAAUUAAAUAAAAAUAUCAUAGGUAAUAUGCACCACCAUAAUUUUCACUUUAAAGCAGAUCUUGAUGUACUAGGAACAAGCAAUAGAUACGAAACCCUCGAUAUCCUGACUGAGGAUGCCGAUAACAGCAUGUGGACGGGAAUCGAAGGCGAUGUAUAUAAUCAGAUAUACUACCAACGAAAUCUGAAAAAUACCGAGCGACAAGCAGCUUACAAAUUUAAUUUUGAUACACCGAAGUAUCACAUUAUUCAUAAUGGGGACAAGAGAACUAGAUACGACGCACCGAGGGCAUACAGAAUACAUAUAAAUGGCAUGUCAAAACAAACUUUAAAAGAAGAUCAAGGUAACGAGGGCACUGUUAAAUGGGCCAGAUAUCAAUUGGCGGUGACUAAAUACAAAAAAGAUGAAUUUGGAAGUAGUUCACCAUACAAAAUGUUUGAUGCUAGAUCACCUAUUGUGGAUUUUAAAACAUAUAUUGAUGAUGAUGAAAAUAUUGUAGAUGAGGAUCUGGUUCUGUGGCUGACAAUGGGAGUACAUCAUAUUCCUCAUACUGAAGAUCUACCCAUUACACCAACUCCCGGGGCUCAUCUUAGUUUUGCUCUGUUACCGUAUAACUAUUUCGAUAUAGAUCCAUCAGUUCAUUCCCCAGAUACCAUAACAGUAGCACAUAAAGAUAAAGCUAAACCAGAAGAAGGUGUUCUUUACCGCUUAUACUCGAAUGCAUCUCGCAAUACUUGUAGAUUACAUUACAAAGAUUUCCAAUCAGAUUAUAUUUCAAAUCCCGAUUUAGUUUUACAAAGCAAAAAUAAAAAGGGUCUUUUUUAA